AUGAAACUGAGUCACUGUGUGGAAGGGAAUGGAGAUUACAUCCUCACUCACAGAGCCAGGUCCUGCCAUCGCAUCAUCUGGUACCUGGUCUCCGAUCUCAACAGCUCUGCUCAUUUGAUGAAUGAAAGAGUUAAAGACAAAUGGGAGGAGCUCAUCAGCCAGGACUCCCAUCUGGAGAUCUUUGAACAUGUCUCCUUGAUGACCCUGGACACCAUCAUGAAGUGCGCCUUCAGCCAGCAAGGCAGCAUCCAGACAGACAGGAACUCCCAGUCCUACCUCCAGACCAUUGAGGAUGUGAAAAAACUCUUUUUUUCUCGAGUGAGAAGUUUCUUCUACCAGAAUGACAUCAUCUAUGGGCUGACUCCUGAGGGCCGCUGGAACCACAGGGCCUGCCAGCUCGCCCAUCAGCACACAGAGCGAGUGAUCAAGUUGAGGAAGGCACAUCUGCAAGAGGAGGGAGAAAUGGAGGAGGUCAGAAGAAAGAGGCACUUGGACUUCCUGGACAUUCUCCUCUUUGCCAGAAUGGAGAAUGGGAGCUGCUUGCCUGACAAGGACAUCCAUGCCGAGGUGGACACAUUCAUGUUUGAGGGCCAUGACACCACAGCCAGUGGCAUCUCCUGGAUCCUCUACUCUCUGGCUGCACACCCCGAGCAUCAGCACAGGUGCCGCAAGAUCCAGAGCCUCCUGGGACAUGGCACCUCCAUCACCUGGGAUCAGCUGGAUCAGAUGCCCUAUACCUCCAUGUGCAUCAAGGAGGCACUGCGACUCUAUCCACCUGUACCAUUUAUUGGAAGAGAGCUCAGCAAGCCAAUCACCUUCCCUGAUGGACGCUCCUUACCCAGAGGAAUCAAAAUCACCCUUUUUUUGUAUGGUCUUCACCACAAUCCGAAGGUGUGGCCCAAUCCAGAGGUGUUUGACCCUUCCCGUUUUGCACCAGGUUCUGAUCUACACAGCCAUGCUUUCCUGCCCUUCUCAGGAGGAUCCAGGAACUGCAUUGGGAAGAAUUUUGCCAUGAAGGAGCUGAAGGUGGCCGUGGCAUUGACCCUGCUUCGCUUUGAGCUGGCGGUGGAUCUAUUUAGAGUCCCCAUCCCAGUAUCAAAAGUUGUUCUGAGUUCCAAGAAUGGAAUCCACCUGCAGCUCAGAAAGCUCCACUAAUCCAUUUUGGGACAAGAGCAAGCUCUGAGGAUCUCCUUCCUGCCAUCCUGUCUCCCUGUUACAUGAUGCCAUCCUCUGGGUUUCUAACCAAGUCCUGCUUCUCACAUGCCAUUCUCCAUCACCUCCCCCUCUGGUCCUCUGUCUGCCCCUCCAAUCUGCCAUUUUCACUUUCUUCCUGCUUGUCUUCCCUGUAUAGUUCCCUUUACAUGCUAUAAUAAAUUACCGUAACCUCAGUGACAGAACACACCACAAAUCUUCUCUUAGCAUCUGGAUUCAUAAGUCUGAAGUGUGUUUCACAGGAUCACCUCGAGGUGUUGGUAGGGCCACACCACCUACAGGGCUCAAGGAGACAACCCCUGUGUUGGUCAUUCCAGCAUCUAGAGCUGCCUUAUUACAUCCCUUGUCUCCUGGAGCCUUCUUCUGUACACAAAUCCAGCAGCACCUCCGAUGUCCUUUCUGCUUCUGUCUUCACAUUGCCUUCUCUCUUAUGAGGACACUUGUGACUACAUGGACUCACUCAGAUAAGAGGACAUAGUUACAUCUUGUAGGGAUUAGACACUGGACAUCUUUUGAGCUGUCUUUCUGCCUAAUGGGUCCCUAGUGACUGCCAUCAGCCAUGUUCCCAGUUCCCUUCUGUGGGUUUCCUGUACACCCAUUUAUCAAUCUCAUACCCUCUCCUUCUAUCUCCCUUCCCAGAAUACAGCUCACACUGUCAUUCCUUGGGAGGAGCUGGAUGGAGAGCAGCAAGAAAGAUAGGGUUGGGGAAAGAGACAAGACUAAGCAGGGAGAUAAUAUCUGCUCUGAGGUGCCAAAACCCAUCACCUCAGAGCCCAGAGAGGGGAUAGCUGUCCAGGAGGGAUUGGGGAAGCCCAGGUGGGCAGACAUGUGUGUCCUAUCAGAGAGGAUGCCAGCAAACAGCUGGCAAUGCCUUUCCCCCAGGACAGGCCCUACAUCUCUGCUCAGCUGCCUUCAAGGCAGAGGGGCUUCUUCACCCCUGCCACAUUUGGUGACCAAGUGGGUCAUGGUCCUCUGACUCUGGGCUCUGUUCCUUUUGUGUUCCUCCAUCAGCCUGUCUCAGCCCAGCCCUGUUCUCUUGCUGGUUCCAAACACUGGUUCUCCUCCUGUCCAACCCUAGCCAUUCCUAACCUAGGGCCCUGGAUGCAUACACAGACCUCUCCAGGCACCCUCUGCCUGUGGUGGAGGCACCGACUCUGCCUCCCCAAAGUGCUUCUCUCUGACUCUGUCCCUGCAGCCAGGAUCUCCCACCCCAGUCCCCUGGCCUCCUGGGUCACUGGGGUAGUUCAGCCCUGCUUUAAGGAGGAGCAUGGUGAGCACCAAGUGCUUGACAGAGAUAUAGAGCAGGAAAGGGAACUGGGAGCAUCCUGAGUAGGAUGUUUGGCAGGUCCCCUGACAUGAGGUGGUGCAGAAGGGCUCAGUGACCAUGAUCAGAGAGCACAGGACAAUGGGAACUUGGAAAUCUGGGUGGUCAGCCACGUUGACUUACUCUAACCACAGCAUUCCUAGGUUAGAGUAGCCAGUUGUUCAGCCAUUUGACGUACUCUAACCACAGCAUUCCAAGGCAGUGAGAAGGACCAGGGAGAUUCCCUACUGGCUCCCAGCAAUAAGAAAAACCCAGGCUGAGUCCAGGUUCACAUACACAGAUGCCUGACGCUUACAUAGACACACUCCUGGGCAGUUACUCCUGUGUGUGCCCUUGUACACUGUAACAAGGUAAAUGGAGAAACCAGGACUCCGUCUCCAGAAACAGAGGAGGGGUGGAGUUGCAGACCCUUGUUUUCCCCUGGCAACUAGGGAGUUACAUGCAACUGUUUGCAGGAGAUUCACUUUAUAAAGGGGCAGGAUGCAGAAAUCAACCUCCUCCUUUGAUAUCCCCUCUUCUUGGAAAAGUAGGAAGUCCUGGACCUGGACCUUAGGGGCUGUAGAAGGGCAAGGGAUGAGGUGCCGCCUGUUAGGAGCAGGACCCUGAACUCUCAGCUUCAACAUUUAAAACUCAUUACAACACAGCACAGUUCUGUUAAGGGCAGACCCCUAGCCUCCCAAACCAACUCGCUCCCCCUCCUUAUCACAGGCCUCAGGCUCACCACCAGUCCUGUGGUGGGGGAGGUGGGUGGGGAGGUGACCAGUGCCUGGCAAGGGUUGCCAGUGCAAGCCCUUCCAGUGGCGGCAGGAAGAGCACAGGCACACCAGGAGUAGGAAACCUGGGUGCACACACUCCAAAAGAUGCCUGAAGCGAAACAGGGACUACACAGCAGCUAACCCACCUACAUUUAUCAUGCUUUCGGAUGGGGGAAGAGGUUCCUGGCACAACCAAAAACUGAGCUGGCAGAGGGUGACAAGAUUUUUCUUAGCGUGUCUUAGAACAAAGUUAGUAUUCCUUCUUUAGUCAUACAUAGCUUCUUCUUGAGUUAUUUUUUGUUCUUGUGUGUAUGUGGUAUUGCUGUGACAAAUAUUUAAAUAGCCUUUCUUGAUUGUUAAAUUAAAAAUUUCUUUCUUUUCCACCAAACCCU